GAGUGUAGAACGUGCGGGUAGGAAACGAUCAAGAAAGUUCAACACUUUCUUCGCUCUUUUACAAGUUUUACUGGACUUCUUGCGACACAUGGAGGUCAGAAUGCAGUGUAGGAUGUUCCUAAGAUGAUACCGUGAGAUUUUUGAGGUGAAAACCCGCCAAACAGCGCCCAUUUUACAGCGUUUUAGAGGGACGUUUUUUUUCGACCGAGAAGAAAAUAUGAAGUUUUCUACCCGCCAACUUUGCACGUUCAGACUCAACAGAGUUUUGCAGUUUCUUGUUCUUAUAUUUGUUUGCUGGACAUACCAGGAUAUCAGAGUAGAAGCGACAACCUGUGACUGUGGUGUGGACUGUGUGUCCAACUGUACUGCUGGUCAGUACUGGGACAACGGAUCAUGUACCGACUGUCCGGCCGGACACUAUUGCCCAGGAGGCAGUGCAGGAACAAUAGCCUGUCCGGGGGGAACGUUUAGAGCAACAACAGGAGCUGAAGAGGAGAGUGACUGUCAGAACUGCCCAGCAGGAGAGUACAGUAGCGGGGGUGCCGCGUCGUGCGACCCCUGUCCCGGCGGCUUCGCAUGCCCGCUCCCCGGGACAGAGUCGCCCGCGGCGUGCGGGACGGGACAGUACGCCAACAACGGGAGCACCGCGUGCCAACCCUGUCCUGUAGGGUACAGGUGUCCCGUAGGGCAGAUGGCAGAACCGCUAGAGUGUCAGGAUGGCUACUACACAGCUAACACCGGUCAGACCAGUUGUGCAGAGUGUGAGGGAGGCCGAAGCUGUGCUAACAAGGACUCAUCCGUAGCGUGUGGCCCUGGGACGUCCAGCGCUCAGGGCGAGGCCACAUGCUCACCCUGUCCUGCUGGGUCCUACAGCGGUGCCCAGGCCUCCAGCUGUACUCCCUGUGACGAGGGCCACUCCUGCUCGGACCCUGCCCAGUCCCCCCAGCCCUGUCCUGCUGGCUACGUGUCAGCACAGGGACAGGCCAACUGUACCAGAUGUGCCAACGAUGAGGUCCCAGCGAGCCCCGUCCCGAACUCGUGCCAGCCGUGCCCAGCUGGCCAUGCCUGCACCGACCCUACGCUUGACCCCGUGGCGUGCGCGGAGGGCGAGUACUCUCUCCAGGGCGACGCCGCGUGUACACGAUGCCCCGCUGGGUCCGAGUGUCCGUCCACUACAACUAUCAACACCUGUACAGGAGGUACAUACUCGGGGGAGGGCCAGACGUCCUGUUCACAGUGCCCCGCUGGUCACUCCUGUACCUCAACGUCUGUCACUCCGUGCGGAGCAGGCUUCUACAGUGCCGCUGGAGAUGUGACCUGUACAGAGUGCCCUGUGGGUUCCUGCUGCCCGUCUGGCUCCGCGGCUCACACACCGUGCGACACCGGCUUCUACUCCGACAGUCCCGGCGCAGACUGCCCGUGCUCGGAGUGCCCGGCUGGCAGCCGGUGCAGCUCAACCGGCACCACGCCGUGCUCAACGGGAUCCUACGCACUGGCAGGGUCAACCGUCUGCCAGCCCUGUCCCGCCGGGUCCUACUGUCCGUCCACCUCUGCCCUCCCAGUGGCCUGCCAACCAGGCUACUAUAACACUGAGGCAAACCAGACCAGCUGUACGGAGUGCCCAGCCGGAAGCAAGUGUCCGUCCACCAGCCAGACCCCACAGACUUGCAUACCAGGUCAGUACAGCGAGGCGGGCUCGACAGUGUGCCACGACUGUCCGCCGGGUUAUGCCUGUCCCAACACCGACACUGCCAGCACGAUAACGCAGUGCGCCCCGGGAACGUACGCGGACGGGUCAGACACGCAGUGUUACACCUGCCCCGCCGGCAAGUUCUGCCCCAGUACAACUGAGGCGACCCAGAUUGACUGUGCGCCGGGCUCCUACUCCACUGGCAAUGCCACGGUGUGUACGGUGUGCGAGGCCGGUAAGAUGUGCCCCCGCGCGGACGGGGAGGACAUACGGGACUGUGUGGCGGGAGAGUUCAGCCUGAGCCAGGCAACCGCCUGCACCGCCUGCCCGCCGGGGUUCGCCUGCCCCGACACCGCCUCCGACAUACAGGUCCGAUGUGACGCUGGGACGUUCUCGCUCGGCGGUCAGGCAUCAUGCACCGAGUGUCCUGCAGGAUUUGCCUGUCCUUACACUGACCGGAGGACCCAGACUGCCUGUACUCAGGGCUACUACAGCACAGGAAACCAGUCCUACUGUUUCCCAUGUCCAGCAGGCUUUGCUUGUCCAAACACAAACAGCGACAACAUGGUUGAGUGCACCCCCGGCAUGUACUCCUACGGUGCACAGCGGGAGUGUACGGGCUGCACGGCGGGCUCCUACUGCCCCUCCACCACCCAGGGCGAGCGCAGGUGUCCCCUGGGGUACUACUCCGCUGCAGACGCCUUCAACUGCACGCCCUGCGAACCGGGCUACGAGUGCUCCGAUCCUACAGCCCCUGCACUGUGCCCUGCGGGUAAGUACUCGCCCGGAGGAGAGAUUCGCUGCUACCCGUGCCAGCCCGGUUACAUCUGUGAGGAGGGGUCCAGUUCGGCUACUCCCGCUUCGGGACUGUGCGAACACGGUGGCUGGUGUAACGGUGUGACGUUCACGCCCUGCCCCGCCGGAACCUACAACCCCAACAACGGGUCUCGCACUCAGCGCGAAGCCUGCCAGACAUGUCCUGCAGGUUUCUUCUGUCCGGGCACCGGCAACUUUGAAUAUGAAAACAACGACUGUCCUGCAGGACACUACUGCCCGGCUGGCACGCCGUCUGGCACCCAGUUCCCCUGCCCUGCGGGUUACUACAACACGGAGUUGAAUGCCACCCGAUUGGCCGACUGUGUGCUCUGCCCCUCGGGGAAGUACUGCCCGGAAGGUUCCUCCAACGACGGCGCUGAAUGUGAAGCCGGGUUCUACUGCACCUCAGGUCAGGGGUCAUCCUACAUCAAUGCCUGUCCCCUCGGCACCUGGAGCAACGAGAGGGCACUCAACUCCUCCGACCAAUGUAACGAUUGCUCGCCCGGGUACUACUGCCCGUUCGGUACGGAGCUGGAGCCACGCAUAGCGGAGAUACCAUGUCAUGCUGGCACGUACAACCCGGAUGAGAGGGCUGGUCACGUGCUGAACUGUCGCCAGUGUGACGCGGGGAGGGCAUGUCCCCUCGUUGGGCUUAAUAACGCAUCGCAUCCCUGCGCGCAAGGUUACUACUGUCCGAACGGUACCAUCACCCCGGACCAGUUCCCGUGUCCGCCUGGUACAUACACCAACAACACGGACCUCACCGCGCCUGAGGAGUGUGACCUUUGCCCUGAAGGGUUCUACUGCAGUUGGGGGACCGGCAAUGCCACCAACGGCCCCAAGCCCUGCCACACCGGACACUACUGUCCCCUCGGCACCCCCACCCCCGACCGCUACCCCUGUCCCCCAGGAACCUUCUCUCCCAACAACAACAAUGACAACGCAGGGAACUGCACUGCCUGCACACCUGGGUACUACUGUCUGGGCGGAGAGGCUACAGAAACAGCCCUGUGUCCCCCCGGGUACUACUGUCCUGAAGGCACGCAGGUCGCCGAACAGUUUGGCUGCCCCAACGGCACCUACAACCCUGACCGCGGCAUCUGGGCAGAGGAACAGUGUCUUAACUGUACACAGGGGCACUUCUGUGAGAAUGGUGUCAUUGCACCUGAACCCUGCCCAGAGAAAACCUACAUGCCGUACGGAAACAACACCAGCACUGGGAUGGUGGAGGGUGAUCCGGCCACCCGUAAGUCCAGCUGCCUGACCUGCCUAGCUGGUUACUUCUGCGAGGUGGGAACUGUCACUCCCGCAGAAUGUGGGCUGGGCAAGUACUCCAGGCCUGGCCAGAGUGUGUGCAAAGAUUGCGAACCGGGAUACUACUGUGACGAGGCCAACACCACACAGACAGCUAUGCUGAACAAUAAGAAGUGUCCGCCGGGACAGUUCUGUAACGGUUCCCUCUCCGACGUCAGCGAAGCCACAGACUGCACCAUGGGAUACUACUGUCCUGAAGCAACGCCAUUUGAGGUGCCAUGUCCUGUUGGUACGUACAACCCGAACCAUGGAGAAGGCUUUGUAACAGCCUGUCUGAACUGCACUGCUGGCUAUUACUGCCUGGAGGGUUCUUUCGAAGUGUCUGGGGAGUGCGAGGGGGGCUACUACUGCCCCACAGCUUUCCCCAACCCCUACGGAUCCAUCCCUGCAACUAUCGGAUCCUACGGAGAGAGACAGGUUCCAUGCCCUGCUGGUACAUACGUGACGACCACGGCUAGUGAAACCGUGGAUGACUGCCUGGCCUGUCCCGAGGCACACUACUGUCCGCUGGGCACCAAGGACCCCAACGUGUGCGACCGUGGGUACUACUGUCCCGCCAACAUCUCCUCACCUAUUCCCUGCCCUGUGGGCAGAUACGGAAACACCACAGGUUUGGUGCAGCUUGAGGACUGUCCCCUGUGUGACAAGGGGAAGUACUGUGACGCCCCCGGCCUGCUGAGCCCUCGGGCCCCCUGUGACCCCGGGUACGUGUGUUACGGCGGAGCGAACACCUCCAGUCCAACCGACGGGGAAACCGGAGAGGUGUGCCCCGCGGGAGGCUACUGCCCUCUGGGUUCGUUUGAGAGCCUGCCCUGUCCACCCGGGACCUACAGCAACGCGUCGGGAGCUGUGGACGAUAACGACUGCAGCCGAUGCGACCCGGGCUACUACUGCUCCAACGCCCGCGGCCCUGAGCCCACGGGCUGCUGUGACGCGGGCUGCUUCUGUACCGGGGCGGCCAACGUAUCCUGCCAACACAUCACCCAACCUGGCUUCUACACUCCGCCAUGUUCCUCCCAGCAACGAAUGUGUGAGCUCGGGACAUACCAACCGUACGAGAGAAGCGGGGGGUGUAUAGAGUGUGAAGCCGGCUUCUACUGUCCAGAAAAAGGCAUGACCAACAGAACGGCCUGUCCGUCAGGGUACUACUGUACCAAUGGCAGUUAUGUACCGGAGCCCUGUCCUAAGGGUACCUACACCAACCAGACCCAUAACACGGACCCCACAGACUGUUUGGACUGCCCCCCUGGUUACUACUGCACUGAGGCCCAUCUCUCCGCUCCAUCAGGGCAGUGCAACGCUGGACACAUCUGCUUCAAAAAUGCCCUCUGGCAGGACCCGGUGUACAACAACGACACUUCGGGCGGAAAGGAAGUUGUCCUGUGGGGAGACCUGUGUGCCGCGGGCCACUACUGUCCCCGCGGCGCCACCUUCAUGCACCCGUGUCCCAUCGGCACCUACACGGGCAACUUGGGCUCGCAGAGCGAGGACGACUGCAUACAGUGUGACGCGGGGAAGUACUGUAACGCUACCGGAGCCACACAACCUGCAGGGGACUGCUUUGAAGGAUACUACUGCACCGGCAACUCCACCACCCCAGCGCCGUACGGUAACGAUACCGGCGUGGGCGACAUCUGCCCUCGUCACCACUACUGCGAAGCAGGGUCCCCGGAGCCGAGGCUAUGCGCGGCGGGAACAUACGCCAACCACACCGGCAUGAGCGCCUGUCUGCUGUGUCCCCCGGGCCUGUGGUGUGUACCUGGCCAAGACCCGGUCUACUGUCCACAAGGUAGCUACUGCGUCGGCAGCACGGACUCUGUGAAGGAGCAGACCCCAGAGCAGUGCCCUGCAGGAACGUACGGUGCAGAAGAGGGUCUGACGGCCGAGGCAGGCUGCACCAAGUGUCCGCCCGGCUACUGCUGCAUCGAGCCUGGACUCACCAUGCCUAUCAACAAGACAAAAGCCGGGUACUACAGCACAGGCGGAGCGUCGAACUGCGGCCCGUUUGUGACAGAAACCGACUCGACCGACACGCGGGAGGUCUGUCCUGCCGGCUACUUCUGUCCUGAGGGCAGCGGGGAUCCGUCACCCUGCCCACCUGGAACUUACAGUACGAACAACCAGCUUCCGUCGGAAGACCGCUGCACGCGCUGCCUGGCCGGGUACUUCUGCCCAGAGUACCACAUGACGGACAAACCCGAUGACCACGGCGACACGUACAAGUGCGCCGCGGGCUACUACUGCGGCCGCGGGUCCAACACCUCCCAGCCGCUCAACGAAACCUUUGGAGACAUCUGUCCAACCGGGCACUACUGUCCGCUGGGGUCCUCAGCAGCACAACCAUGCGAGGCGGGAACUUUUGCAAAUGAGACGGGACAGUCUUCCUGCGACCAGUGCCCAGAGGGGUUCUACUGUGAGAGCGGCACGUCCAUACCUGGUUCCUGUCCUGCCGGGUACUACUGCCCAGCCGGCACAGACAGCCAGUUUAAGAACCCGUGUCCGCAGGGGAAGUACAACAACCUCACGGAGAGAACCGCAGGCGCAGACUGCCUGUCCUGUCCUCCGGGGUCCUACUGCCAGACCCCGGGCCUGGCCUGGCCCACAGGCGAGUGUGAUCCGGGCUGGUUCUGUACGAUCGGGGCGAAGUUGGCCCAGCCGGGGACGGUAGCGGAGGGCGGGCGCUGCUCUCCCGGCCAGUUCUGUCCCGGCGGCAGCUCCGAGGCCACGCCCUGCACCCCCGGGAUGUACUGCGACAACCACGGGCUGGCCGAGCCCACCGGGAACUGUACUGCUGGGUACUACUGUCUGCUGGGGGCCAGUACGGACAUGCCUAAUGGCACUGCAGGUGAUGCCUGCCCCAUGGGCCACUACUGCCCAGAGGGAAGCAGCAAUGGAACCACCUGUCCACCUGGCACCUUCUCCAACGUCACAGGUAACCGGGAGUUGGGAGACUGCUAUGACUGCACCAUGGGGAGUUACUGUGAAGGUUUUGGGAACGUGGAGCCGACUGGCCUGUGUGCGGCCGGGUACUACUGCCCAGGCGGACAGAACACAUCCACACCACUGGAGUAUCAGUGUCCACAGGGGCACUACUGUGAGGAUGGCAGUACAGAACCGGUGCGCUGUGAGUCUGGCUCCUACCAGGACCAGAUGGGCCAGCCUGGCUGUAAGCAGUGUCCGGCUGGUUACUUCUGUGAUAACACCAUGGACCCCGUCGUGCUGUAUAACAACACUCUCUGUCUGGAAGGUUACUUCUGCCCUCUUGGUACUAAGUACGCAAUGGAGCACCCCUGUCCCCGGGGGAGUUUCAGUAACACCACGGGGCUGAGCUCGGAGAAUGACUGCAUCCCCUGCCCUGGAGGGUAUUACUGCGAUGAGCUGGCACAGAUCUCCUACACCAAACUGUGUGCUGCAGGGUACUACUGCAGAAGAGGUGCGAUUGAGUCCACCCCUAACCAGACGGACGAUGCCAACUCCUGCCCGGCGGGUUUCUACUGUCCUGAAGGCACGGCCGAGCCACAGAAGUGCGACCUGGGGACCUUCUCAGACAACCCCAACCUGGUCAGGGCAGACCAGUGUCUCAACUGCACAGAAGGGAUGUACUGUGGAGAGUACAAUAUGACAGGGCCCAGUGGCGAGUGUUGGGCAGGGUUCUACUGUCCGGAAGGUUCCCCAGACCCAGACUGGAUCGCCUGUCCACAGGGACACUUCUGUACUAACGGCACUCAUACACCGGAACCAUGCCCAAGGGGCACAUUUUCCAACGAGACCCACCUGAAGUCAGCAGGAGAGUGUUACCAGUGCACGCCCGGCCAGUACUGUGAGACCGAGGGCUUGACAGAGCCAACGGGGUCCUGCGGAGAAGGUUACUACUGUCCUGAGGGAACCGUUCACAGAGAGCCCAACGACACGUACUGCCCCAUCGGCCACUUCUGCCCGGGCGGCGUGUCCUUACCUCUGCCAUGUAGGAACAACAGCCAUGUGAACCACACCCAUGCAGUGAUGUGCUACAGCUGCGAGGCUGGUUACUUCUGCGAGGCUGCAGGCGUGCAGACCAUCUGCCCCGCCGGGUACUACUGUCCGCAGGGCACGGGGUCGGACCUGCGCGCCUGUCCCCGGGGUACCUACAGCGACCAGCAGGGACUGUACGCGCUGGAGCAGUGCAAGCCCUGCGACGCUGGGAUGUACUGUGACGAGGAACAUCUCAGCUCACCUGCUGGCCUGUGUGCAGCCGGUCACUACUGCGUGUACGGCGUGGACAGAACCAAUCCUGACGGGGACAACGUCACGUCUGCAUCCAACAGCUCCGACUGUCCGUACCACGACGGUGCCAUGACGGGUUAUGGUGGGAUCUGUCCCCAAGGCCACUACUGUCCUAACGGCACAGACUACCCCAAUCCCUGCGCUCCGGGUACAUACGCCCCAACCACAGGCAUGGCAGAGUGCCUCACGUGUGAACAAGGUUACUACUGCCCGAAUGCCACCGUGGACUAUGCAGACAACCCAUGUCCCUCAGGGCACUACUGCCCCGCCGGCACACAUCAGGGCAAUGACAACCCCUGCAGCCCCGGCACCUUCAACAACAAGACUGGCAGCUACGACCCCGCCGACUGUGUGUCCUGCCCAGGUGGCUCCUACUGUGACACAAGUGGCCUGUCCAGCCCCAGUGGCUUGUGCGAUGCCGGUUACUACUGCUCAGUAGCCUCCACCACAGCCACCCCCAGUGGGACGGGUGGAGACAGGUGCCAGGCUGGCUACUACUGUCCCCAAGGAGCGUCCUUCCCAAAGGCCUGCGACCCAGGCUACUUCUGUGCUGUGGAUGGCCUCAACCAGACGUCUGGGGAAUGUGAUCCAGGUUUCUACUGUACCUCCAUGGCUGUGCUGUCCAACCCACAAGAUGGCAAUGUCACAGGUGACAUCUGCCCCCAGGGUGCGUACUGCCCCCCCGCCUCCCCCUCCCCCAGACUCUGUCCCCCGGGAUACUUUCUCAACAGCACGAGGAACGACGACCUGUCAGACUGUCAGACCUGCACGGCCGGGAUGUACUGUGGGGAGAACGGGCUGGCCCAGCCCACCGCCCCCUGCGCCCAGGGGUACUACUGCCCCGGGGGUCAGGAGGUGGCAACACCGCAGGAAUUCAACUGUACUCUGGGCCACUACUGCCUGGCUGGUAGCGUCCUGCCAAUUCGCUGCCCAUCGGGACAGUACCAGGACCAGGAGGGGCAGUGGGGCUGUAAGAACUGCCCUGCUGGGUACUACUGCGAUAAUGUCAAGGAACCGGUGGUGCUGUACAACAGCUCAGCAUGUCCAGAAGGCUACUACUGUCCUAAUGGCACUCGUUACGCUAACGAGUUCCCCUGUCCGCGGGGCACGUUCGGUAACCUGACGCGCCGGGAGAGCGUCGACGACUGCCAGCCAUGCAGCGGCGGCCACUACUGCGACACCGAGGGCCUCACCCAGCCCACCGGGCCCUGCAGUCCCGGAUACUUCUGCAAGGUGGCGUCCAACUCCUCAACUCCAACCUUUGGCACUGAUGCGGACGAGUGCCCUGUGGGGUACUACUGCCCGGAGGGGACGGCGUCACCCCUAGCGUGUCCGCCCGGCACGUAUAACCCGAACGUACAGAGGACGGACGUUACAGACUGUCUGAACUGCACGGCUGAGCGCUACUGUCCCUCGUGGGGCAUGGACCAGCCUGGGCCAGAGUGUGAACCUGGUUUCUACUGUGAGGGUGGAGCCCACGUGGCGACCUUUGCUCUUUGCACCGCGGGUCACUACUGUCCGCAGGGCAGUUCCCACCCGACCCCGUGUGCCGCGGGCUCCUGGUCCAACACCCCCGGGCUCAGCCAGCAGGACAACUGCACACAGUGUCCAGGUGGCUUCUACUGCCCAGAGACAGGGAUGACCGAGGUGACCCAGCAGUGCUGGGGAGGGUACUACUGCCCAGGGGGGGACGCUGUUCCCAACCCCCCCUCCACCAUCUGCCCCGGGGGGGUGCACUGUCCCAAUGGCAGCCAGACUUACCUGUCCUGCUCCAGCGGCACCUACGCUAACUACUCAGGUGCUGCUGAGUGUGACCCCUGCCCUGCCGGGUAUUACUGCCUGCCUGUCCAGCCAGAGAAUGCCACCAUGGCCGCCACACUCUGUCCUCAGGGCUACUUCUGCCCUCAAGGCACCGGAUUGGACUGGCAGUCUUGCCCCUCCGGAACCUACAGCGACCAGAGAGGAUUGUGGGAUACCAGCCAGUGCACAGCUUGUGACGGCGGGACGUAUUGUGACGACCUUCACCUGACACGACCUGCGGGAAACUGCUCAGCUGGUUACUACUGCAGGUCAGGUGUGAACCGGCCUGACCCCAGCACCCCAAACACAUGUAGCCAGGUGAGGAACUCCACCGACAACUCAACUGACUGCCUCUGUCCCGACCAGACCUACCACACAGGAGACGGUGGCCAGUGCCCGUUGGGUCACUACUGUCCCGAAGGCACCACAGCCCCCCUCCCCUGCCCAGCCGGCACCUACAGCAGUGUGCAGGGCCUGGAGGAGUGUAAGGUGUGUCCCGAGGGCUUCUACUGUCUGGACAACAGCACUCAGUUCCUGGACACACCCUGUCCCACAGGUUACUACUGUCCGAAUGGCACGACCAGGCCGUAUGAGUUCCCCUGCCCUCCUGGCACCCACAACCCUGCUAACUACAGCAGCUCCAACACCUCCUGCCUGGCCUGUUCAGCUGGGAUGUAUUGUGAUGUGGAGGGGAUGGAGGCACCGCGAGGGAACUGUAGUGACGGAUACUACUGCGCCGGGGGGAGCCACACGCCCGCCCCACACCCCACUUCUGCCAUCGGGGGACGCUGCAGGGAGGGGUACUACUGUCCUGCAGGCACUGACCAUGAGCUGGAGUGUCCAGGUGGUCAGUUCUGUGACGUGGCCGGUCUGUCGGAGCCAGCAGGACCGUGUGCAGCCGGCUUCUUCUGCCAGCUGAAGUCCACAACUGCCACGCCCCUGGACGGGUCCAUGGGAGACGAGUGUCCGGCUGGUUACUACUGUGAGGAGGGCUCAGCGUACCCCACCCCCUGCUCCCCUGGCACCUACAGCUCCAGUAAGAGGAACACCAACGUUACCGACUGUAGGCCUUGCAGCUAUGGGGAGUACUGUGGAGACUACAACAUGACAACCACCUCAGGCAACUGCAGCGCAGGUUUCUACUGCCCGAGAGGGGAGGACGUCCCCGACAGGCUGCAGUGCCCGGUGGGAUACUUCUGUCCGGAGGGCUCCCAUCAGCCAACCAUCUGCCCCAGCGGAUGGUAUCAGGAUCAGCUCGGCCAAUCAGAUUGCACCAUCUGCCCCGGCGGAUACUACUGCGACAACAGCUAUGGUGUGGUAGUGGUGAACGGCAGUGUGGAGUGUCCAGCCGGGUACUUCUGUCCGCCCGGCACACAGCGGUACAACCAGUGGCCGUGCCCGCGGGGGACCUACGGAAACUCCACCGGAUACAACUCAUCCGCAGACUGUAGCCCAUGUACAGGCGGAUUCUACUGUGGCGAUGUCGGCCUCACAUCCUCGUCUGGUCCCUGCUCUGCCGGCUACUUCUGCAAACAGUAUGCCGAAACUCGCACUCCAAACCAGACAACCGACGCAAAUAUCUGCCCACAGGGCUCGUACUGUGAGGAGGGUACAGCAGAGCCAGUGGACUGCCCUUCGGGGACGUUUGGAGGUACAGAAGGGCUGAUGAACGUGAGCUCCUGCACCGCCUGCCUGGCUGGGUCCUACUGCGAGACUCCCGGACUCACUGAGGUGGAAGGCCCCUGCUCCCCUGGGUACUACUGUGAGGAGGGAGCAUCCACCCGGACUGACAUCAUCUGCCCUGCAGGUCACUUCUGCCCCCAGGGGUCACCAACGCCCUCCCGCUGUCCUCAGGCAACCUUUAACCCCUACACAGGCCUGAACAGCUCCUCCCAGUGCACACAAUGUACCGAGGGCAGCUACUGUGGGACUGAAGGUCUGACAGAGCCCAGUGGAGCCUGCGAGCCGGGCUACUACUGCCCCGGGGGCCAGAACAGCUCGCGUCCUGCGGAGUUUGCCUGCUGGGUGGGCCACUACUGCCCGCUUAACUCGUCUGAGCCUCUGCCUUGUGACAACGGCACACACACCAACCACACACACGCGGACGAGUGCUACACAUGUCCUCAGGGAUGGUACUGCCUGAAUGGGCAGGUGGUGGGGACCUGCCCGGCAGGGUACUACUGUCCGGAGGGAACCGCCUUCGACUGGCGGCCGUGCCCGAGGGGAACGUAUAGCAACGACACAGGACUGUGGGAGGAGCCGCAGUGCCAGGCCUGUGCAGGCGGACACUACUGCAGCAGUCUGCAGGCUACCGCAGUCACGGACAAGUGCGACGCAGGUUACUACUGUGAGUACGGGGUGGACAGGCCCAGGCCUGAUGGAGACUACAACGCCACUCUCGUCAACGGCACAUGUCAGCUGCCAGGUGGCAUGACAGGAGUGGGCGGCAUCUGUCCUGUGGGGCACUACUGCCCACGAGGAACCACCCACCCCAAACCCUGCGGAUCCGGUUCCCAUAGCAACACAACGGGACUGGCUACCUGCAUCGACUGCCCAGCAGGACACUACUGUCUGCAGGGCUCAGACCAGUAUGAGGACAAGCCCUGUCCCCCAGGCCACUACUGUCCCGAGGGGACCGCCACAGCGACUGAGAACCCGUGUCCUGCCGGCUCCUACUAUAACCUGACCAUGGCGCGGUCUGUGGACGACUGCCUGCCCUGCCCAGGCGGGUCCUACUGCUCAACCCCGGGCCUGGACUAUCCCACCGGCCUCUGUCAGGAGGGCUGGUACUGUUCUGGUAACUCGACGUCUGCCACCCCCGCUACAAACGGAGGGGAGUGUCAGCCGGGGUACUUCUGUCCAGAGGGGUCCUCCUCCCCGCAGCUCUGCAGCCCUGGCAUGUACUGUCAGACUACAGGGCUCCCUCUACCCACCGGAAACUGUACUGCAGGCUACUACUGCACCCUGGGAGCUCGGUUCCCCAACCCUGUGGACAACUCCACGGGCGACCUCUGUCCUGAAGGUCACUACUGCCCCAUGGGCAGUGCCGCCCCCCUCCCCUGCCCCACCGGAACCUUCCUCGACUCCACACAGAACGAUGCGGAGGCAGACUGCCUGGCCUGUCCCCUGGGGGAGCACUGCCCCGGGGUGGGGAGGCCGCUAUCCGCAGGAGCCUGCGACCCAGGCUUCUACUGCCCCGGUGGCCAGAACGUCUCACAGCCUGCUGACUACGGCUGUCCUGUUGGCCACUACUGCGAGUCGGGAGCGCACACCCCCGUGAGGUGUGAGAAUGGAACGUACCAAGACGAGGAGCUGCAGAGCUCCUGCAAGGCCUGCCCACCAGGCUACUUCUGCGACAACACGGUGACCUAUGUGGUCUUGGACAAUACCACUACCACCUGCCCCAUGGGGUACUACUGCCCGGAGGGGACCAGAUAUGCAAACGAGUUCCCCUGUCCAAAUGGAACCUUCAACAACAGAACUGGUUUGAGACAGUCUAGCCAGUGCAGCCGGUGCCUGGGCGGUCACUACUGCCCCAUGCCUGGACUGGUCAGUCCGUUUGACCAGUGCGACGCCGGCUACUUCUGCCAGGAGGGAGCUGAAACCUCCACACCAAACCAAGGUGCUGAUGCCGACAUCUGUCCCGAGGGAUUCUUCUGUCCCCAAGGAACGUCCAACCCCUCAGCCUGCCCAAAGGGAACGUACAGUAACACCACGGGGCUGAGGGAGGAAGGGGACUGUACAUUAUGUCCUGCAGGGGAGUACUGUGGAGAGGUGGCCAUGACUGACACCAGUGGGCUGUGUGACGCAGGGUACUACUGUGAGCUGGGAUCCUCCCAUGCCAGGAACAUCUCCUGUCCCUCGGGGCACUACUGUCCCCAGGGGUCGGGAAGCCCCACCCCCUGCCCCAGGGGAACCUACAGCACCGGCAAAAACAACCAGAACGUCUCUCAGUGCGACCCGUGUGAUCCCGGCAAGUUCUGCAACCAGACUGGCCUGUCCAGCCCUUCAGGCGACUGUGACCCUGGGUUCUACUGCCCAGGGGGUGAUGACGUCCCCACCCCUGGGGAGACCCCCUGCCCCAUCGGCCUGCACUGUCCCCAGGGGAGCCCAGCCCCCGUCCCAUGUGAGCCGGGAACGUUCACUAACCUGACCCAGACCUGGGAGUGCCUGACGUGCCCGGCUGGGUACUACUGUGUACCGGAGGAGGUUAUAGAAGGUAACUCGACCUCCGGCUACAGACUUUGUCCGCGGGGUUACUACUGUCCGGAGGGAACCGGUCGGAACUGGACCGACUGUCCGCCUGGAACCUACAGCAACCAGCUUGGCCUGGCAGAGGAGGCACAGUGUACAGACUGUCCAGGUGGUUUUUACUGUAGUGGCUGGCACCAGACCUCCCCCACUGCCGAGUGUGCUGUUGGGUACUUCUGCACAUCUCGAGUGGACAGGCCAACACCCAUGCCGUACACCAGCUCCAACUCCACCACUGACAACUGCACUUUCCUGGGUGAGCACACAGGUGUAGGCGGGAUCUGCCCACCUGGCCACUACUGCCCCACCGGUACCGCCCUACCCCUGGGUUGCGAGGCAGGGACGUACCAGGACCUGUACACCCAGGCCGACUGCAAGCCCUGCCCCCAGGGGUACUACUGUCAGGCUAACGUCAGCACCUACGCCGAAACACCCUGUCCACCCGGGUACUACUGUCCACAGAACACAACCUACGACAAGGAAUGGCCCUGUCCGGCUGGGACAUUCAACAACCUCACAGGUAUGCCUGACGACUCUGCCUGUGUCAGCUGCACCCCGGGGUCCUACUGCCAGGGCCUGGGGAACCCCCACCCCACAGACGUGUGUCCCCAGGGGUGGUGCUGCCCUCCCCACCCCACACUAAUGCUGUUAUCCCCACCCCAGGUAUGCCUGACGACUCUGCCUGUGUCAGCUGCACCCCGGGGUCCUACUGCCAGGGCCUGGGGAACCCCCACCCCACAGACGUGUGUCCCCAGGGGUGGUAUGCCUGACGACUCUGCCUGUGUCAGCUGCACCCCGGGGUCCUACUGCCAGGGCCUGGGGAACCCCCACCCCACAGACGUGUGUCCCCAGGGAUGGUUCUGCAGCGGAGGUGCCAUCGAACCCGAACCGUCCGACCUGGCAACAGGAGGCCAGUGUCAACCAGGUGAAUACUGCCCCCUGGGGUCCAGCCUCCCCACCCCCUGCACUGCGGGGUGGUACUGUGACGUGGCGGGACUCCCCACACCCGCGGGGCUAUGCCAUGCCGGCCACUACUGCACCAACGGGUCCACUACACCCACACCCAGCGGAGUCGGAGGAGCCGAGUGCAGCCCUGGGCACUACUGUGUAGAAGGCAGCAGCAGGGAGCAGGCCUGUCCUCCAGGGUCCUUCCUGCCAUCCACGGGAGCCCAGAACAGCUCGUACUGCCUGGACUGCACGGCUGGGUCCUACUGUAACUCCAGCGGACUGGCCACUCCCUCAGGGGAAUGUACUCAAGGUUACUACUGCCCGGGUGGCCAGACCAUCCCCACCCCCAACAGCUUCCCCUGCCCGGUGGGGCACUACUGUCAGCAGGGGGUGGGGGCGCCCGAGGCCUGUCCCCCGGGGUCGUACCAGGACCUCACCAGGCAGAGCGGCUGUAAGGAGUGUCCUCCCAGUUUCUACUGCGACACUCCGGAUGGUCCUGUGGUCAACUACACAGCAUACGUCUGUCCACAAGGUUACUACUGCCCCAACGGUACAGAUAUCGCCACAGCCUUCCCCUGUCCUGAGGGGACCUUCAGCAACGUAACAGGGCUGUCCGAGGAAGCCCAGUGCAGUGCCUGUCUGGGUGGGUUCUACUGCGGAGAGAGGGGCCUGACAGCUCCAAACACACCCUGUGCACCAGGGUACUUCUGCAAACAGGGAGCGACGGAGGCAGCACCUGACCAGGGUGGGGACGCGAACGUGUGUCCUGCAGGGUCCUACUGUCCCGAGGGCACCGUGGAGCCGGCCGCUUGUCCCAGGGGAACGUUCUCCAACAGCACAGGACUGUGGAACCACACCAGCUGUCUGCCUUGCACAGGAGGCUAUUACUGUGGAACAGAGGGUCUGACUGAGGAAAGUGGUCUGUGCCUACCAGGCUUCUACUGUCCCAACGGCUCAAGCUCUGAAACCGAGAUCGUCUGCCCUGCCGGCAGCUACUGCCCCUCCGGAACACACCUGCCCUACCCCUGCCCAAGUGGCACCUUCUCAAACAACACCAGGCUGACCCAUAGGGCGGAAUGUACCAACUGCACGGCGGGAUGGUACUGCCAGCAGGCUGGGCUGACUGAGGAAGAGGACCUCUGUCAGGAAGGCUACUAUUGUCCUGAAGGCUCGUCAGUGCCCAACCCAGUGGAGUGUCCCAUCGGGCUGCACUGUCCCCUGGGCUCCCCCACCCCCCAGGCCUGCCCCUCAGGACAUUUCACCAACACUACAGCACAGCAUCUGUGUGAGAUCUGUCCACCAGGGUACUACUGCCUGCCAGAGAAUGUGACCUCGGGUGACCCCCAGUCCGGGUACCAUGCCUGUCCUGCCGGGUACUACUGUCCGGAGGGAAUCGGUCUGGACUGGAAACCCUGCCCGGCCGGGACAUUCAGCAACCAGCAUAAACUCUACAGGCUUGACCAGUGUCAGGACUGCAGCGGAGGUUACUACUGCAGCGAACCCGCGGCCACCAACGUAACGGGGCCGUGUGCCGCGGGCUACUGGUGCGCCGCGGGCGUCGACAGGCCGAACCCUCACACACCUGGCAACAACGAGACCUACAACGACACCUGUCCUCUACUGGGGGGAUUCACAGGAGUUGGAGGUGUGUGUCCGAUUGGUUACCACUGCCCGGUUGGCACCGAGUAUCCGCUCGGCUGCGAGGCUGGAACGUACCAAGACGAAACAGGGGAGAGCAGCUGCAAAGCGUGUCCCCCUGGGUACUACUGUCCCACUAACUCCUCCACAUUUGCGGGGAACCCUUGUCCCUCCGGAUACUACUGCCCGGAAGGCACCGGCAGGGAGGAUGAGUUUGCGUGUCCGAGCGGCACGUUUAACCCUGUCACACGGCAGGCUAACAACACCGCCUGCCUCAGCUGCAGUCCCAGCCAAUACUGCCAGGUGGCAGGCCUGUCCAGCACCACGGGCAACUGCAGUGAGGGUUACUACUGCAGCGGUGGUUCGGCCCACUUCAUGCCGACUGACCCGGCCGUGGGAGGGCAGUGCCAGCGAGGUGACUACUGUCCCGCCGGCUCCGAGGCUCCGACCUCGUGCGACCCCGGCUGGUACUGCCCCACCGUGGGGCUGGCAGCUCCUACUGCUCAGUGCCAGCAAGGUUACUACUGCACGCUGGGUGCCUGGAAGAGCAACCCUACAGAUAACACAACAGGAGACAUCUGUCCCACCGGCCACUACUGCCCCACUGGCAGCUCAGCCGGAACCCCCUGUAACCAGGGUUACUACCUCAACACAACCGGCAACAGCCAGCCCACCAGCUGUGUCAGCUGCACACCAGGUCAGUACUGUGGAGGGGAGGGCUUGGCUGAACCAUCCGGAGACUGCACUCAGGGGUACUACUGUCCUACAGGCCAGGUCACACCUACACCUGGCAACUUCACCUGUCCUCAGGGACACUACUGUCCACAGGGGAGCAGCACACCUCAGCCAUGCCCCUCAGGUUCCUACCAGGACACGGCAGGGAAAUGGACGUGUGAUGACUGCCCUGCUGGGUUUUUCUGUAAUGCCACCUUCGGUCCUGUAGUCUGGUACAACAGCUACACCUGCCCCAUGGGGUACUACUGUCCUAACGGGACCAGGUACGCUGAGGAGUUCCCCUGUCCACCCGGGACUUUCAACAACCUCACAGGAAUCCAGUCGGAGGCAGACUGUACGCCGUGCGUCGGACGUUACGCCUGUGACGAGUCGGGACUGGCCUCCCCGCCCCGGUUCUGUGCUGCCGGAUACUUCUGCAGGGAGGGGGCCAACACUACUACUCCAACUCUGGGCCCCAACGCUGACAUCUGCCCUGCCGGGUCCUACUGUCCUGAGGGAACAGACGAGCCGAUCUCCUGCCCAGAGGGAACCUUCAGCCCUACUGCUGGGCUACAGACUGUGGGGGAAUGUCUCAACUGUACAGCAGGCAGCUUCUGCAACCAAACAGGCCUGACUGCUGUGAGUGGGCUUUGUCUGCCCCGAUAUUACUGUGUGGAAGGGUCCACUCGCCCUGACCAGCAAAUCUGCCCGGAGGGACACUACUGCGGAGAGGGCACCUUCGAUCCCUCCCCCUGUCCUAAUGGUACAUUCUCCAACUCCACUGGGCUGGAUAGUGAGUCGGGCUGUACCCACUGCACUCCGGGGAGGUACUGCGAGGGACUGGGACUCACCGAGCCAACUGAUCUGUGCCAAGCAGGUUACUACUGUCCACGCGGCUCCAGCCAGCCCAACCCUGUUGUCUGUCCCCCGGGGAAACACUGUCCUGAGGGAAGUGCCGAGCCGCAGGACUGUCCUGCUGGGUUCUACGUCGACACGGAAGGAGCCGCCAAGUGCACACCUUGUCCUGCAGGUUCCUACUGUAUCCCUGAGAACGUUGUGGAAGGGGAUGCUUCAACGUCGUACUUCCCGUGUCCCGAGGGUUACUUCUGUCCCAACGGCACUGGCCACAACUGGCAGCCCUGCCCAGCUGGCAGCUUCAGCAAUGAUACAGGACUGCAGGAGGCUUUACAGUGCACACCAUGUUCACCAGGCAUGUACUGCCAGGGUACCGCACUAACCGAACCCACGGCUCAAUGCUGGGAGCGGUACUACUGCGUGUCUGGAGUGGACCGGCCCAACCCCCUGAUGCUUAACGACUCCCAAUGUCCGGCUGACACCGUCCACCCGAUCAUCGGUCACAUCUGUCCUGCUGGACACUACUGCCCCACCGGAACCAUCUUCCCACAAGGCUGUGAUGCCGGUACUUACAAUGAUCUGACCGGUCAGUUUGAGUGCCAGCCGUGUCCAGCUGGUCACUUCUGCUACGCCAACACCACCGACUACACGCCCAACAACUGCCCAGCUGGUCACUACUGCCCGCACGGCACCACAGACCCGCAUGAGUUUGCCUGUCCAAAUGGAACUUUCAACAACCACACCGGCCAGGAUGACCUGCAGGACUGUGAACCCUGCAGCCCGGGGAUGUACUGUGAGGGGUCGGGCAACACCCACCCUACAGGCCCGUGUGACGAGGGAUGGUACUGCACAGAAGGGUCGCUGGACAAACAGCCCACAGCAAACGGUGGUCAGUGCCAGCCGGGCGAGUUCUGCCCCGAAGGCUCGUCUGCCCCACAGAACUGCACGGCUGGGUUUUACUGCGACGUCCCGGGUCUGAAUGCUACAGCUGGGUCGUGCCAGGCUGGGUCGUACUGUCCCACUGGGUCUUCUUCACCCACCCAGGUUGAAUGUCCGGCAGGUUACUACUGCCCCAGUGAGAGUGGGUUCCCCCUGCCGUGUGCUAACGGCACCUACAGCCCCACCCGAGGUCUGACAGAGGAGUCCCUGUGUCACCCCUGCACUGCCGGCUGGUUCUGUAACGGCACGGCUCUCACUGCACCUUCUGGACAGUGCUACCCAGGUUACUACUGUCCGGAGGGCCAGAGCGUCCCCACGGCGUACGUGUGCCCCCAAGGUCACGAGUGUGCGGAGGGGACCGGGCCGGAACCCAAGCGCUGCGACAGUGGCUACUACCAGGACCUGCUGACCCAGGCCAGCUGCAAACCCUGCCCUGCCGGUUACUUCUGUGACAACACGGCGCAGGCCGUCACUGAUCUGUCCGGCUCCUCCUGUCCCGAGGGACACUACUGUCCCAACCGGACCGAGCGGGCCAACCAGUACCCCUGUUCCAUCGGGACAUACAACAACCAGACAAACCGGGAGAGCCAGGAGAGCUGCCUGCCAUGUCCACCCAAAUACUACUGCUCUGUACCUGGUCUGGCUACACCUGGGGAGGGGCAGUGCUACGCUGGGUACUACUGCAAUGGUAGUGUGAUCACCCCCACCCCCUCAGAAACCAUCUGCCCCAGGGGUAACUACUGCCCCCAGGGGUCCUACCAGCCCACCCCCUGCCCCUCGGGCAGCAUCUCCACCGGGGUGGGGAACCAGAAUGUGUCUGACUGUGACCCUUGCGACCCCGGGCAGUACUGCACCCCAGAGUCGUCACUAACAGGCCAGAGCAGGGACUGCGACCCAGGCUACAUCUGUGUCCUGGGUUCCUCGGUCCCCAACCCCACGGACGGGGUCAUGGGUCACAUCUGUCCCGUGGGACACUUCUGUCCCGCCGCGGCAGUGACUGAGCAGCCGUGCGACAAGGGUACCUACCAGCCGUACCAGGGGCAGGGGAACUGUACGGAGUGCCCCCAGGGGACCACCUGUCCGCACAGGGGUAUGAAUGACACCCUGCCCUGCCCUGCAGGUUACUACUGCCACCCAGGCACAGGCGACAACGGGAACCCGUGCCCCAUUGGCUACUACAGUAACUACACAGGCCUGAGUGAAGAGUCUGGCUGCCUGCGGUGCCCACCUGGUUACUACUGUAACGAGACCGGACAGGAGUACCCCACAGGCCACUGCAGCGCCGGCUACCUCUGUCUGAACGGUUCCCGGUCAGCCACGCCUAGCGACGGGGUCAACGAACCCUGUCAGAAGGGAUACUACUGUCCCAAAGGAGCCAUCGCAGCCAUCGCCUGCCCAGCCGGCACCAUGAACCCCGACACCCACGGGCGGAACGUGUCAGACUGCCGACCCUGUUCCCCAGGGUACUACUGCGGAACCACGGGUCUGUCUGAGCCCACCGGGCCGUGUGACGAGAACUUCUAUUGCCCCGACUUUGCAGAGAUUGACAACCCACAGCCAGCUGCCUUUGCCUGUCCUGCUGGAUCCUUCUGUCCCAACACCACUUCCUGGCCACAUGGGUGCCCUCCAGGCACCUACCAGACUUCAACGGGCAGCAAUGACUGCGACCCUUGCCCCGCGGGGUCCUUCUGUAUCGGCAACUCGACAACCCCCGAGCCCUGCCUGGCUUACUCCUAUUGCCCUGCAGGUUCAGACUACCCCAUGCUCUGUCCAAACGGCACACACACGCUGGCCGGAGUUACAGGCCUGGAACGGCCUGAUCAGUGCCAGCAGUGCCCUACAGGUAAAUACUGUUUAGGCGGGCGUGAGGCUGGUGACUGUACAGCAGGUUACCUGUGCUACAGCGGCAGUGACACACCCACACCAGAUGGCUCUGACCCCACCAUGGGCCAGCCUUGUCCCUAUGGCUACUACUGUCUGGAAGGUGCAUUGGAUGUGUCCCGCUGCCCCCCUGGCCUGGUAGUGGACAGAGAGGGGGCUGCCUCGAAUGCGGAAUGUUCCACUUGUCCUGCGGGUAAAAUCUGCACGGCUAAUGACACGGUCCCUCAGGACUGCACCCCCGGGUACUACUGCCCGUACGACCACCCCAAAACCGCCUGCCCCAAUGCCACCUACUCCGCGGAGCCUGGCGCCACAAACAUGAGCACCUGCCUGCCCUGUCCUGCCGGCUACUGGUGCAAGUAUCAAGCCACCACCAACUACACAGCCUUCCCCUGCCCCAUUGGCUACUUCUGUGUGGAAGGAACCAUUGAGCCAGAGGAGUGUCCAGUGGGGACUUACAGGGACACUGUGGGAGCAGGAGGUCUGUUUGAUUGCCACCCCUGCCCAGCUGGUUUCUACUGUCCGGACGGGGGAACCACCUUCACCGGGAUCCUGUGUGAUGAAGGAACAUACUGCCCUGAGGGCUCCAUGAACCAGACACUCUGUCAGGCCGGGUUCUACUGUAACCACUCCAUGACCCAGCUGCCCUGUCCACCUGGCUACCACUGCCCCGCAGGAUCCUCCUACCCACUGGAGUGUCCGGAGGGCCACUACUGCCCGGGUACAGACUGCAACAACACCGAGGCUGGCACCAUCGUGCCACUGAAGUGCCCACUGGGCUACCACGACUGUGACUGCACCCCGCGAGACACCUUUGAGAACGUGUGUCAGAUCUGCAGAGCAGGUACGUACAGCAGCGACCCGACCCAGCCGGCCUGUCUCACCUGUCGGGCAGGUGUGGUGUGCCUGGAGGGAGCGACGUCCGACCAGCCAGCCAGUAACGACUCUGCAACCUUCGGGGUCAACUCCACCAACUCCUACCCCUGUCCUCCUGGUUACUACUGUGAGGCAGGCGUGUCCCUUCCAGCGGCCUGUCCCCCCGGUACCUACCAGCCAGUGGAGUUUGCCCGUUACUACUGUGAGGCGGGUGUGUCCCUCCCAGCAGCCUGUCCCCCCGGUACCUACCAGCCCGUGGAGUUUGCCGAGGGGCCGGCAGACUGUCUGGAGUGCGCCGUGGACCACUUUAACCACCUGCAGGCACAGACCGCCUGUUUCCACUGCGGCGGGGAGGCCAGUCAGCCGGGCACCGGCGCAGUCGGGUGUGUCUGCACCGGAUCGGGCAGGGACUUCCAGCCGAGUGACCGUACCUGCCCCUGUGCGGCAGGUUUCCGGGUCAUGUCGGGUCGGGAGCAGGACUGCGUGGAGCACGUGUUUGACAUCUGUGGGGAGAACCAACACCGCAACCAGGAGGGGUACUGUUUGGACGAGGGGCAGUGGAUCACCUACUGCAGCACUGAGGUGUGCACCUCGGAGGCAGCAUACCUGGGCUACGAUGGCCUGCUGGGGAUCUGCCUGUGCCGUGUGGAUGAUCUGGAGGAGAUCUGUGAUCUGGAGUGCCGGCGGCUUCAGAAGACCAGAAUCCAGCUGGUCUGCGACCCUCUGGACGACGAACCCACGCUGAGGGUCAACUACCCCAACGGGACUGCUAAGACUGACUACGCCUACAAUGAGCUGACCAAGGUCAUCAACAGCAGAAUCGCGCUGAAGAAGGAGAGCUGCAAGUACAAGGACGGGACUCCGGAGUCCGUAUAUCUGGUGCAGAUGUCAGGCGAUGGUUUCCUGGGUGUGUACAACCCCAGCUCUGCAGAGGUCGAUGACCUCGUGACGGAGAACGUGAAGACGUCAGCAGGCACGGCGCGAACCCUCCCGUUGUCGGGCGGGGCCCGGAGGAGGCUGCUUGCUCUCUCCACCAUCAACGGCUCGUACUACGAGGGCAUCGCCAACCCAACCGUCUGUCUGCUCUGGAACGAACUCAUGUUCUUUGAGGUGUCCAAUGACCACUUCCCAGUAUAUGAUAGAGACAACCUGUACAACACAAACGAGCAGUUUGACUACGGAGGUUUCCGGCAGCUUGCAGAGCUGCAGAGCCAGGUACAGACCGCCACUACGCUCUUCGCCUACCGUUUCGCCGACCCGGGAGUCUACGUCUUCUACCUCAGCACCAACGUCAACAAGAAAAUGUACGUGCGAGUGAUGGCAGAUGGCGCUCAGUGCUCGGAGGACGGGCCCUUCUUCCCCACCACACCGCGGGCGCUGAUCCAAAGUGGCAUCGCGCUGGACGGAGACCUGCUGCUGUCCCCUGAUUGGCUGCUGAUCGGCAUCCUGUUCGGCGCCACCCUCCUGCUCAUGGUCCUCCUCGUGGUCGCCUUGCUUCUGUUCCGUCGUUACGGCUGGGCGAAGACGUCGUUCAUCAACCCGUACUACCGCUUCCUGUCGCAGAAGUACAACAUGGACGACUACUCCUCCAAGGGCUCCACCGUCCACCCCGUCAAGAAGUUCCACAGGAACCUGGGCGCUCCAGAGGAGGAGGAGGAACCUGUGGAGACGAGAGCUAUUGAGCUGAAGAGCGAGGAAUUCUGGGACUACGAGAAACAAGUUGACCUUGAAGCCUUCACUUCCAAGGACUUCUACAACGAGCUUGCCAAGCAGUCUCGAGGGGUGACGGCCAUCUUGGGCAGACAGAAGGAGGAGGUGAAGUCCCUGUACCAGAAGGUAGCAGGUGAAGCGGAGUCGCUGAAGGGCCUGUGGGUAGCCAAGCUGCACCUGCGGAGCCGCAGCGCGCUGGCCACACAGGAGGACCUCGCAGACUACGAGAGGAAGAAGGAGGAGUUGGAGAUAGAGCUAGAGAGGCGUAAGGAGCUGGGAGCCAGGUUUGAGGCCGUCCUGCAGAGACAACAGGAGCUGCUGGAGGCAGACGAGAUCGCCAGGGAGGACCACCAGGUUGCCUACAGUGCACCCAUGAGGGAAGCCAUGAGGAGCCUGCACGACCUUGUGGAGAAGGUCACAGAGGGCAAGGUCAACCCGACCUUGGAUGACAAGGAGCUGAGAAGUAUUUCAGCCCGUGUGGGAGCCCUGCUGGGCAGGAUGUCCCAUGAGAUCACCACAGAAAGCCAGCGUGUGGGAGCGUGGGGGGUUUUGGGGCAGGGCACCGGCGCACAACUGGUGGAUCCUGCCACCAAGCAGCCACUCAGCAGGGAGGCUCUCAUCGCUCCAGAUGGUACAGUCCGUGCCAUGGAGCUGAUCCACCAGGACCCGAUCUCCGGCCUCGUGGUGCCGAACUCCGAUGCCCGCAUGCUGCUGCAUGAUGGGAAGGUUGCUCCGGUCGCGCCGGACAUGUUCGUGCACCCGCAGACCGGACGAGUGCUGCCCAUCAUGGGGAACGUGGCGUACGACCCGAUCUCCUCACGGCUUGUCUUCACUGCAGAUUCUGCUACAGGCGAGGCUUCAAGAACGGAGGAGCCGCUGAUCCCGUACGUGCCGUACCCACACGAUCCACAAACCGGCGCGCCCACACGGACCAAACUCACCACCCUGCAGCGCAAGAGCGACCUUCGACUCAACGCACCUAUGCCUGACCCCAACAGUGGUCUGCAUGUUCCCAUCGCUGCAGUGACUAUACACCCCCAGACCGGAGUGGUAUACCCCCUGGCAGGCUCCCACACAGACCCAGUCACGGGCCUGCCCAUUGCUAUAGAGGUGGGGUCCGUCAUGAUAGACCCCAACUCCGACCUGCCGGUGCCCAUACUGGGGGUGGGGCUGGACGCUGAAACUGGUGAUGUUGUCCCCCUGGGCGGCACGACCACCACGUUCGGCGGGCGUGGCCCUCGCUCUCCCAUCAUCCCUGGAGACACCUUCUCAGAGCCGCUCAGCGGAAAACCAGCCCAUGUGCAUGGCGGUGUGCUGGAGGGUUGUGAUGUGCUGCCCAGCGGAGGAGGUUAUCAGGCUCUGCUGGAUGCCUGUGUGCUCGCCUGCGAGGCCAGAGUCCUGGCUGCACUGCAGGAGUACAAGGACGCCGUCACAGGCCCUGAGGCAGUGCAGGCCGGCCCGGCGCUGAACUGUCACCAUGAGCAGAGUGUGCUGGAGACAGCGCUAGGGGAGCUGGGGAAGGCACGGCAGCGCUGCAAGGCACAGCUCCUCCGCACCGGGCACAACCUCACACGGAGGGAGGAGAGGGCUGCUAUCCUGGCUGCUACUGGAGGCUCCGCAGGAAUGAUGGAGUUUGCAGCGACGGGUCAGCUGCUGCCGAUCCUGGUUGGCACGACGAUGACCGACCCGGCGGGGUCAGGCCUGCAGGUUCCCGUCCUCGGCAUUGACAGGGACAAGAAAACCGGCAACGUUGUUCCGCUGGGGGGGACCAUGGAGGACCCUGAGGGAGAAGGCCUGGUACCGAUCAUGCUGGGCCGGCCAGCGGUGGACCUGGUGACGGGCGAGCUGAGUCCCAUCAGCGGCGUGCGCAUCAGUCCUGACACGGGGACCGUCACGCCGGUCACGCUCUCAUCGGGAGGACACAAGAAGAGGAAACCGCCUCUCGGAGCUGUUGCCAUGGUGGAGGAUGAGCUGGUUGCUAGGCGGAGCUACUGGCGUCGCCAGCGGCAACGAGAGGAGGAGGCAACCAAUCAGGAGGCGUUGCUGGUGUUCCAGCUGAUGUACGACAUGGAGAACAUCACGGCACAGAAGAUUGAGGACUGUCUGGACACCAUGGCAGAGAAUGUGCACAAACUGUCGGAUGCGGCUAAGAGAGAGGUCCAGAGGAGGACGGAUGCUGAGGAGGAGUUCACAGCCGUCCUGCCGCCAGAUGUGGUCUCCAUCCUUACCCAGGUGAACCAGGCGGAGCGGGAGCGGGAGGAGAGACAUCAGGAGGCGCAUCGGAAGUUCGCCGAGACGAUCCGGAAAUUCUUCCAGAAGCUGCAGAUGGAAGAGAACAAGUACAAAGACAGGAUGCAGGAACUCGAGGGAGCCAUGAACCCAGAUGCAGAAGCUACAGUGCUGCAGCGUUACCGGCAGGCCAAGUCGCGACUACAGGCAGAGCUACAGGACCAGAUCCUGAGCCGGUCGGAGAAUCUGGACGAGGAACACUCUGCCCUGGAGUACGUCAGGGAGAAGGCAGAGCUGCUCGGACUGGAGGCCAAGAAUGUCCUGACAGGAGCAGUGGUUGUUGCCGGGGACUACGAUGCCACCAUCUCGGGCGUGUACGGCGACGACCUGACCUCCCCCGCCUCCAGUCGUGAGCUCAUCCCGCUUCUCAAGCAGCUCAUAGCCAUGCUGGAGGCCGGCGGGCAGUUCCAACUCUCCGUGGAGGGGGCGCAGCUCUUCUCCGGAGGGACAGGAGCGGCGGCCACACAGACGGCGCCAACAGUGCACCGAGGACUGGCACCACUACAGUUUGCCGGUCCCUCUAUCCCUAUUGGGGAAGUGGAGACCGUGCAGGGCCUAAGUUUAAGAUUUGCUGGCCCGUCCAUCUCUAUUGGGGAAGUGGAGACCGUGCAGGGUCUGACCUCCGUGGUGCCGAGCCAGGGAACAGCAGGGGUGGUGCAGACACAGCUGCUGUCCCACGCUGUCCCCGGGACAGCAGGAACAGCAGGCAUGGCCACGACUGUCACCCAGCAGAAACAGCAGCCGGAGAUGUCUGAGGAGGAGCUCAAGGAAAAAUCCAGGAGCCUCCUGGAGCGGUUCACACGUGAGGCUGUGCAGCUGGAGGACGAGCUGCGUGCCGAGGAGAUCGCUGCCAUCAACCAGGUGAUCCAGGACGUGGAGAGGGAGAAGGAGAAGGCCAUCCAGCAGGUGCAGGCCGAGCUCAAGGAGAAGCUGCGCAGGUGCACCACUGAUGAGGAGAGGGAGAAGGCCAUGCUGGAAUCUGCACAAAAGAUCCAGAAGAUCAAUGAGAAGUUUGAGACUGAGAAGCAGAAACGUCUGAAGAAGGUGCGUAAGGAGCUGAGGGAGGAGCGAGUCCGCAGGAAGAGAGCCCUGCUGCAGAGGCAGAGGGCAGAAGCGCUGGAAGCAGGAGUGGAUGUGGAUGAGACGGUACCAGCGAUCAGUCUACCCUCGGAUGAUGAGUUGGACCAGGACCUGAUGCUGCUGGCUAAGCAACAGGAGCAGCUCAUCGCUGAGCUGAACAAGGCCUUCGCUGAGGAGCUCGCACGGGAACAGGAGGAGAUAAACAGCGGUCGUAAGGCGCAGCUGGAUGCUGAGAUGGAGGCUCGGAUCCGCGCCCUGAACAGGCAGAUGGGCAGGAGUGAUGCAGAGACUGACAAGCUGCUGGAGGACAUGAAGAAGCAGUCAGCAGCCCAGCGAGGUCAGAGGUCGAACAUGAAGGACCGGAUGCGUCAGCGGCAGCGCCAGCGGCGCACACGGAGCCGCGCCGACGGGCCGGAGAUUCCUGAGGGAGUGGAGCAGGGCUCGGAGGAGGAGAAGCUCAUCUUAGAAGCUUUCCAGGCCCAGCAAGAUGCGGAUGACCUGAAGGAGGAGGAGGCUCUCAUGGCGGUUAUCGAUGAACUGGACGCUGAGGACCAGCGUAGAACCCACAUGGAGACCCUCGAUGACAUGCUGUCCAGCUCAGAACUAACAGAAGAGGAGAAAGCCCAGGCUGUCGCCCACUACAUGCAGCAAGCUGGCCUGGUGGAACGAAGGUUCCAGGACUCCCUCGACGAACAGAGAGACAAACUCCAGGCUAAGCUGGCGGCCAGGAAACGGCACAGGGAGGAACUGGCCAAGGAGGCAGCUGUUGCUAGUGAACUGGACACAAUUAGCAAGGCUCAGGAUCCCCUCAAGGAAGUGGACAAGGCGGCGCGAGGGCUGGCAGAAGCAUCUGACGCGAUUGACCAGAUCAAAGAAAAGACGGAUUCUGACGCGGCAGCUGGUCAAGCCGUGGAGAACCUGCACCAGCAGCAGGUGGAUGAGCAGGCCGCGCUGGAGACCCGACAGCGGCAGGAGGACCGGGAGGCCGGCAGGAGGCUGGACCAGGAGCUGGAGAACAGCAGUGUCGCUGUGGAGACACAGAUGGAGGACCAGAAGAAACUGCUCCUGGACCAGCAGAAAGCCCAGUUUGAGCGGGACCUGGUGCUAAAGAAGAAGGAACAGAACCUGACGGAGGAUCAGGUGAAACAGAUGCUGGCUGCUCACCAACAGGAGAUGGAGAAAAUGGCAGACAACAUGGACAAGGAGAAAGAGCGUCAGAAGAACACGCUGGCUAAGAAGCUGGAGGAGAGGAAACGUCAGAAGGCAGCACAGCUGGCCGAGAAGCACCAGGCUGAGAUGGCGCAGGUUCUGAUGCAGCAGCAACAGGACAGGGAGAACCUGGCAACUCAGCAGCUGCUGGACCACGAGAAGUCGACCUUGGCGGACUCCAUCCAAGGUCAGGACGGUAAGAAGGCGGAGAACAUCAUCUACCGCGUCUUGAAGCAGCGGCACCUGAAGGAGACAGUUCGCCUGGACGAGCAGCAGAGACGGGAAGCGGAGGCAGCAAGGGCCGCAGCGCGAGCACAGGCAGCCGAGCGCAGGCAGCAGGACAGGGACAGGCUGGUGUCCCAACAGGAGCAGGAGCUGCUUGAGCUGGUGACCAAUGCCGGCUCCCUGGCAGCCCCAGAACUGGCCAAGAGGAAGGCAGAGUUACAGCAGGCACACAAGAAACAGCUGUCAGAGUUUGAGAAGCGCACGGCGGCCCUGCUGGCGGAGGCUGAGAGGGACGUUCUGCCGUCACUGCAGAUCGACCACGCACACGCGCGCCUGGAGCUGCGGGAGAAACAGCUGAAGGAGCUGGCAGAUGCCAUGAAGAACCUCUCACCUGAACAGGCUGCCCUUAUUGAGCAGUACACCCAGGACGCGGAGAAGGCAGCAGAAGCGGCUCGAGACUUCCGGGAGACGAAGAUGAAGGAACUGAACCAGCAGAUGGAGAGGAUCAAGGAGGACAGGAGGAGGAAGGAGGAGGAGAGGAAGAAGAAACUCAGGGACCAAGUCAGUGCCCUUGAGCAGGAGAUUGAGGAGGAGAGAAGGAGGGAUGAGAAGAGAGAGCAGGAGAGGCUGGCCGACCGGGAGAAGAGAGCGAAGACACAGCUGGAGGAACGAGAGAAGCAGAAAAGGAAGGAACUGGAGCAGAUGAAUGUUACAGAGGACGAGAAGGAGAAACUUCUCCGUGAGCAUGAGGAAAACAUGCUGAAGCUAAACGAAGCCAUGCAGAAGGACCAGGAGAGGAGCAAGGCCGCGCUCAAGGCUAAGCUGGAGGCCCGUCGAGAGAAGAAGCGCAAGGCUCAGCUGGCCAUGAUCGAGGAGGAGGGGAAGAAGGAGGAGUAUGAGGAGGAGAGAAGAGCCAACGAACAGCUGAACAGGAUCAGUGUGGAAGGUGCAAAAGAGUUCGAGAGGACCAACAACCAGAUGCUGCGACCUUCAACGCCCAACGCCCUUGACCAGGAGGGUCAGGGGUCGGGUAUCCCAUCAGGCCCUGCGUUGCCCCCGGGUGACCUGAAGCUGCCGUUCCCGGCGGGGUCACCCCAGGAGCAGGACUUUAUGGACCUUCUGGUGAAAUCUCCACUGUUCCAACACAUCACCGAGAUAGAGGAUAUGCUGAAAAACACACUGCCUGGUGGUAACGUCAUCGGUGCGAAGACAGACCGGCCGUACCUAGACAUCAAGGACGCGCAGUGGCUGUGCUCGGGUGACCUGAUGGCCGUUGACCUUAACGACCUCACGCCCAGCCACUUUGUGGUGUACCGCUUCGGCGUGUUCAUCACCCAGCUGCUCGCCCGCCAUCUGGGGUCGCCUGAGGUCACCCUGCUGCUGGCCUCCAACCUGCCGCCCAACGACUACCACAGGAACGCCUUCCGUCACUCUUUCCUGUACCAACAUGCCAGGAGGAUACUCUUCAUUAGGAAGGAGCGUAUGGAGUCCGUGGGUGAGUUCGUCGUUGUUCUGCUCCACUGUCUGGCCCACAUCAAGGUCAACGACCUGGCAGACGACAACAACCCUUACUUCCUGCGGGAGUUCUACAAGGCCAUGAAGCUGUGCUGCCAGGACAUGUUCUUCUCCCGUUCGCGCUCCACCAACACCAGCUCAGCCCUGAUUGGUGGGCGGCCGGCCAAUGGCAGGACAGCGCUGGAGGCAGCCUUCCGACACAGCGCGACCUCGGAGAAACGCGGCCACGUCGUCAGCGAACUCAUCAACACCAAGGUCACCGCGCCGGUCGAGGCAGAGUUCUCCUCACAGCAUGUAUCUGAGAGGAUGGCAAACUACCAGGACUUCAGCGGGAACUCGCAGCUACGCGGCGCGCUGACCGGUCAGAACCGGUCUGGACCGGCUACUGACGUGAUCGCUGCCAAGCUGAGACAACUCCGGGGCAAGAAGGAGCCACAAGAAGCUCAGGACAGGACCACCAAACCUCCUGCAGCACCCGCAGCCCUCCGCAGCCACAGGGACCUGCUCAGGUCACAGGUGAACGACCUGCAGGGCAAGCUGGACCACCUGACCGAAGAGCUGACCCAGGUGGUGAAGUCUGAGCAGGAACUCAGCGCUGGUAUCGACAGGGCCAUGGCUGGUACGUUCUUCUCUUCUUUCUGCGCGUCGUCCCCCUCCCACCUGGAGCAGUCUCAGCAGCAGCUGGCCACGCUGCAGCUCCGCAGGGAGAACCUCGCCCGCCGCAUCGCGCAGCUCGAGGCUGAGCUCGGCAAGAAACAGGACGCCAUGAGCGCCAAGUAA